UGUUUUCACCGCGACGCGAAUGAACUCUCAGGUCGCUGAAGAGAGAGAGGGAGAGAGUAAACCCUGUUUACAUUUUACCCUGUUAGACUGAAGGAGACGGUGGACGAGGAAGGGGCAGAGAGGUAGAUUUUCCGGCGGCCGGAGCAGCAGUGUCAUCGGAGACGAUGGAGUUCGAAGUCGACGAGAAAGAGCUUAAAGCCGCCGGAGCUGAGCUCCUUCCCGACGGACGGCGUGGACUCCGCUUACAUGGUUGGGAGAUCGAGUCUCUCAAGCGACCCAUUCUCAACUCCCGCCAACUCCAAGAGUGGGAACAAAAGCUACAGUCAUCCCACUUUCCUGAGAUGGUAUUUGGGGAUAGUUCUUUGGUUCUUAAACAUAUGAACAGCGGGACUAAGAUUCAUUUUAAUGCAUUUGAUGCCCUAACUGGCUGGAAGCAGGAAGCAUUACCACCUGUUGAAGUUCCUGCAGCUGCAGUAUGGAAAUACAAAAGCGAAUCCUUCCAGCAUGUGAUACUGGAUUAUGACUACACUUUUACAACACCUUAUUGUGGAAGUGAAACUGAAGAGAUAAAUGCAGAGCUAGGAAGAGAAGCAACAUCUGAAAAGGGCAACUGUAGUCUUUGUUGGGAAGAAUGCAAGGAAGAAAUUGACUUGGCUUUGCUUGCAUUAAAAGAGCCAAUUCUCUUCUAUGAUGAGGUAAUUUUGUAUGAAGAUGAAUUGGGUGAUAAUGGGAUUUCACUUUUAACUGUGAAAGUGAGAGUGAUGCCAAGUUCAUGGUUUGUUCUCUUGCGUUUCUGGCUUAGAGUUGAUGGAGUGCUUAUGAGAUUGAGAGACACGCGUAUGCAUUGCGUUUUUGGGAAGAGUACAAAACCCGCUAUUCUUCGAGAAAGCUGUUGGAGAGAAGCCACAAUUCAAGCUUUAUCUGCUAAAGGGUAUCCUUCUGAUUCUGCAGCUUAUAACGAUCCAAGCAUCAUCAGCCAGAGGCUUCCAAUCAUCAUGCGCAAGACCCAAAAGCUUAAACUCUCUGGUACUACUCCGUAAGGUUGUUAUUUACCCUUGAAGUUAGUGUGGAUCAAAACAGUACUGAAUCUUCACGUAGAAGAUAGAAAUCAUUUCUACAUAGCAGUUAUAGUCUCCUUGCUGGUAGAUGCGAUUCUUUGUAUACAUUGUUAUGUUCCUUUAUCUCAGUUUGUUUAGUGAGUUGCACUAUUACAUAACUUUGGGAAAAUUGGGUAAUUUGCAUCCCAUGGUGCCUUCGACAAGUUUAGAAGAUAUGUCUGACAUGCAUGCU